GGAUAAUCGCGGAACUAAUAGCAUGAAUUGCGUACGUGAAACCGUAAGUAAAAUUCUUGGACGCAACGAAACGAUAUUUCGUUGCUCCAUCGUUCCACGCUUUCUUGCCAUCGCCACCACAGAUACAGAUCCCGUGUUCGUGUCCCUACGAAAAUACACACGGUGUCUUAAAAUAAAACGCCUUCGAGAGCAGAUGAUGAUGAGUCCGGCAACACCACGCGUGGCUUUAUUUCGGGCCGAUGAACUCUUCGAUCCGUCCUUGAGAUUUGAUGGAAAUAUUCCGGGAUAUUUGAUAUAGCACUAGAUUAGUAUGCAAAUUUCGCUCCCAAUGCUUACAAAAUCGGGAAAUGUAAAUGUUGGUAGACGGGUGGGGGUUGAUCAUUUUUUUAAGGAAAGUAGAAUUUAAAAUAGACUUCUUUCUCUUUGCCAAGUUACACUUUGAAAAUAAAAUGCAAAGCAUCGAGAAAUGGAUAGACCUGGACCAUCGAAAAACGUUAAGAAUCGAGGUACUCGUGACAGAAUGGAAGAGGAUCGUUUUCCUUUUUUUCUUUUAUUUAACAGGAGUGAUGUUUGUGCCCAACCUACUCUCUCUGCUUCUGCACACGGUGCAUUUCAUCCUCCGGCCUAUUUACGCGCUCAUUUACAUCAGGAAACAGCCUAAAAUACCCCCUGUCAAGAACCCUUUGCUGAAAAUCAGCGCCAGCAAUUUGGCCAAGAAGAUCAGAGAUGGAGAAAUUUCCAGCCAGAGCGUGGUGGAAGCAUACGUGGAACGCAUCAAGGAAGUGAAUCCUUUUCUGAACGCAGUCGUGGAGGACCGGUUUGUGGCGGCUAUAAACGAGGCAAAGAUGUGCGACGCGAAACUGAAAACGGGCGAAGCUACAGCUAUUUCACUGGAAAAGGAGAAACCGCUUUUUGGAGUGCCGAUAACAGUGAAGGAAAGCUGUUCCCUGAAAGGAAUGAGUUUCACUGGCGGCCACGUACCGAGGGAAGGUGUGAAAGCUUCAGAAGACGGAUUAGCUACAGAAGUACUAAGAAACUCUGGUGCUAUUCCUUUAUGCGUCACCAAUACACCUGAGCUAUGCUCAGGAUUACACGCGACGAAUUUCCUUUUUGGAACGACCAGGAAUCCGUACGAUACCAGGAAAUCGCCUGGAGGAUCGUCUGGGGGAGAGGGGGCGUUAAUCGGCGCUGGGGCGUCCGUUCUUGGGAUUGGCUCGGAUUUCAUUGGCUCCAUAAGAAUACCAUGUCUCUUCAAUGGCAUUUUUGGCCAUAAACCUACUCCAGGCAUUGUCCCCACGAAGGGUCACUUGCCCAUGUCGAAUGACCCCGUUUUCCAAAAGUUGCUGGUGUGCGGGCCAAUGGCGCGAUACGCGGAGGACCUUCACCUGGCAAUGAAAUUAUUGAGUUCAGGGUGCGACACGCCGUUGAGACUCGACGAGCCAGUAGACGUGAAAACUCUCAGGGUCUUUUACCUGGACACUGUCAACACUUUAUGCGGUACAAAAUCAACUACGUCAGACAUAAGACGAGCAAUUAAAGAAGCGACACAUUACUUCGCGGAGAACGGUGCACACGUUGAACACGUGUCACAGGACUGGCUGAGCGACAUCUUCACCUUCGUACUGGCCUUGUGCGGAGAAAUUGAACUGCCCGAUGAAUACUCAGACGCCAAACACCCUGAGGACAAGAAAAAUGGACUUGUCGAACUGAUAAAGUCUACGUUCGGUUUGUCCACCUACACAUCGCAGUUCGCCCUGAUACGAGCAGUGACGCAGAUGCAUGGAUUCGUUCCUGUUUCGAAAUUCGAACACUUUAAGACACUUAGAGAGGACAUGCGUGUCAGAUUCAACAAUCUGCUUGGCAGCGAUGGGGUGUUCAUAUGUCCCACGUUUGCCCAAACGACCACCUAUCCCGGAUUGAUGUUCUUUAAGAUCGAUUGCAGUAUUUAUACCGCGUUUAGUAAUAUCAUGCACUUGCCAUCGACUCACGUCCCGAUGGGGUUGAACAGCGAUGGCGUACCGAUUGGAUUUCAGGUAAUGGCUGGUUCCCACCAGGACCGUCUUUGCUUGGCAGUCGCCAGGGAACUAGAAAAGGCCUUCGGUGGCUGGGUACCACCUCUCAGCUAAAUAUUUAUACAUUAUUUAUAUUUAUCGUUCCGUUUCUAUCACAGAUAUGGAAUAUAUAUUUAACAUUAAUCAUUUGUAUUAUUUGAUCUCUUGUACCUGCAUAGGCGCAUUUACGAUUUAAAUUUACCUACGAGUGUAUUGCUUGUACACGUUUUUCCUUAAUUACUGUUGUCAGUAUAAACUAUUGUCAAUACCCUGUCAGACAAAAGUUUUAAUUUGCAAUACAGUUUGUUAAAGUAAA